AUGAAUAAUAAUAAUAAUAAUAAAGAUACUGAAGGAAAAAGAUUCAUAAAAAGAUUUAGAUUAAGUUUUAGCGCUGGUACUAGUACCCAUGAAAGAAAAACUAGUUUGGUUAACAUGUCUCCUUCAACUUCUUCUUUAAAUAAUAUAGAUUCAAAUUAUAAUAAUAAUAAUAAUGUUACAAAUACACCAAUUAAAUCUGUAACAUCAUCACCUUCAAUUCACUAUACACCAGUAAAUGAUAAUAAUCAACAACCUCAACUACCAUCACAACCCAAUGAAGAAUUUCAAUUUACUGUACCAACUACUCCAAGUGAUAAAAAGAAGAAAAGGGUAGUUUUUCAAGUAAAUUAA